CCAAGCAGCUUUAUUUACCCCCCCUGCCCGCAAAGAGCUGAGCAACUGCUUUGGGCGUGUGUUGUGUAUGUUCUGUGUGUUUGUGCGGCAGGGCUGUGUGUCCCCUCCUUGGUUUGGCUGCCUCACCUGGGAGACACGUCACACCUUUGGCCUCCCGUCUGCAAGGAGCGUGUGCGCUUUUUUGUGUCUCUGUUGUGAGUUUCACCUGGGAGACACAACCUGCAUCUUAGAGCCUUGUGACUCUUCAUGCCCGUGUGUGUGUGUGUGUGUGUGUGAAAAUGCAGGAGGGCUUUGUUUCCCUCCUGUGGGUUGUCCCACCUGAGAGACAUAGAGCAUUCAUGUUUGUUUGUCCAUUUCUGUUUUUGUGGGUGUUCAUUUAUAUGUGCUCAUACAUGCACAACAAUGCUUUGUUUUCCUCUUGUCUGCAAAGGCCUGAGCAACGUCUUUAAGCAUGCUGUGUACAUUGCAUCUGUGCUUCUGCAACAGGGCUUUGUUUACAUCCUGCUGGCUGUCAUGCCUGGGAGACAUAGUACAUCAUCAUCAUCAUCAUCAUCAUCAUCAUUAUUAUUAGAAACACAACAAGAUGAGUGUACAGCAGACACUCUGCUGGCUGUUGUAUUGGACCACAAGUUGGACACUUCCCAAGUUGUUGUUGUUGUUGUUGUUGUUGUUGUUGUUAGACCACCUGCUUCAGUGACACCUGUGAGCCACUCGACAGCCCUUUGUGUGUUGUUGUGGAACCAGACUUUGUGUUCCCUCCUGUUCAUUGCCCAUCCUGGGAGAUGUAGAGCACCUUUGCCCCACUGGUGCUGCAGUUGGGUCUGUGAACAGCUUAGCCACCCCUUUGUGUGUGUAUGUUUUGUGUUGGGUGUGUGCACAUGUGCAACAGGGCUCGGUUUCUUUAAUAUUCGUUGUGUCACCAUUCAUUGGCAUGCAUGCAUAUCUAUUUGUUUAUAUUUACGUAUGCGCACCAGGGCUUUGUUUACCUCCUGUCUACAAGGAGCUGAGCAACCUCUUGGUGUGUGUUGUGUAUAUUGUGCCUGUGUACGCACACCUGACAAGGCUUUAUUCCUCCCCCUCCUCCUGCAUUUCUUACCUGGAAAACAUAAAACACUUUUGACCUAGAUGUGUCUCCGAGCAACUCUUUGUGUGUGUUCUGUGUGUCUCCCUCUCUCUCUUUGUGUGUAUUCGUUGUGUCACCAUUCAUUGGCAUGCAUGCAUAUCUGUUUGUUUAUAUUUAUGUAUGCACACCAGGGCUUUGUUUACCUCCCGUCUGCAAGGAGCUGAGCAACCUCUUGGUGUGUAUAGUGUGUGUUGUGCAACAGGGCUUUGUUUCGCUCCUCCUUCUGCUUGUCUCACCUGGAAAACAUACAACACUUUUCACCUAGAUGUGUCUCUGAGCAACUCUUUGAGUGUGUUCUAUGUGUGUGUCUCUCUCUCUUUGUGUGUGUGUGUCGCUCUUCGAGGUGUGAUGGUGGUGUCAGCACACUCUUUCCCAGGUGCGGUGUCUCAUUGUGCGCCUCUUGCGUGUGUGUUUCCUGGUGAGCAUGGCCCACACAAAGGCGCAUUUGUGCACAUUAUGUGUGUGUGUGUUUUUGCACAGUGAUGGGGAAGGGACUCCGGAAUCUGGUCCGGCCUGUUUUUGGGGAAGUCCUGAAGGGUGCGGAAGGGGAGGAAUUUGGCAAAGCGGAAGGAGGAGAAGAGCGAGAGAACGAGAGAGAGAGACACCGAAAGACAAACAAGAGACAGAGAGAGAGAGAGAGAGAGAGAGAGAGAGAGAGAGAGAGAGAGGCGGAAACCACGCGAAUGGGGCACACUUGACCUCCUUUCUCCUCCAUCCUUUGCCCCAAACUUUCCUUCCAACUAUUUGGCAAAGUCGGGAGAGCGACUCAAGGAGAGAGACGCUGAAAGGGAGACGAGAGAGAAAGAACGGACGAAAGGAUGGAGUGGGAGCGCCCAUUGGGGGCACCCCCAGAUCCUGAUCCUCUCCCUUGACCCCUUUGGAGGUGCCUUCAUUAUUUGGGGCACCCCCCAUGAAGGUCUUCCUGCGCCUGGGGGGCUGCCUGGAGCCGGGGGGCCCUUCUUCCCCCUCUUCUUCCGAGGGUGGAUUUCUCACCCGCACCCGGUGGUACUGCCUCCCUGCCAAGGCUCCUGUGACGUCGUGGGAGGAAGCGGAGGACGGGGCGAUCUAUACGGUCAGUUCACGGCUGGCACCGGGCACCAGGGGCGAGGAGGAGGCCGCUGUCCCGGGCCUUUCCCCGGAGGGAGUCCCGGCCCAAGUGUCCCGGAGCCUCAAGGCCGGGACGCUUCCUGCUCUGGUGCGCCACCUGCUGGAGGCCCCUUCCGCGGGCGACCUGGGCUUCGUCCCCUCCUUCCUGGGCACCUUCCGCACCUUCGCCGCCCCCCAAGAGGUCCUGGGGCUCCUCCUACACAGGCUCGAGGAAGUGACCGGUGCUGCUCCGGGUCCAAAUGGCCUUCCCCCGGAAACAGCAGCAGACGCCAGGCUCCAGCGCUCCCUGGCCUCCCUGCUCUGCUCCUGGCUGGAGGGCUUCCCGGAGGACUUUGCCCGCCUGGAGCCCGCCUUGCAAGGGCGGCUGCUCUCCUGGCUGCGCUGGGCCCUGGGCAGGGGCUCCGGCCCCGAGAAGGCCCUGCUGCUCCUCCCGGCCCCUGAGGGGCCCAACAAGGGGCCUCCGCCCACAGGGACCCCCACGAGGGAGGACGACGCAGGGGAGGAGCCGGACCCCCACUUCAUCCUGGGGCUGCAGGCCGAGGACGUGGCCGCCCACCUCACCGCCACCGAUGCCGCGCUCUUCCUGGGCGUGGUCCCGCAGGAGUGCCUGGGCUCGCUGUGGUCGCGCCGGGACAAGAAGGGCCACGAGCGGGACUGCCCCUCCGUCCGGGCCACGGUGGCCCAGUUCAACCGCGUGGCCACGGCCGUGGUCUUCUCCUGCCUGGCCGACACCGCCCUGAGGGCCGCCCAGCGCGCUCGCCUCCUCGAGAAGUGGAUCCGCGUGGCCGAGGAGUGCUUCCUCCUCCGGAACUUCUCCUCCCUGUACGCUGUGGUCUCCGCUCUCCAUUCGACUCCCAUCCACCGGCUCAAGAGGACGUGGGAGGAGACCUCCAGGGACUGCCUUCGCUGCUACGAGGAGCUGAGCGCUGUCUGCUCCGAGGAGGACAACUACAGCCAAAGCCGGAGGCUCCUCUUCCAGGAAGGAGCCCCCCGAGGAUCCCCCGGCAUGGAGCCCACCCAGCGGCGGCACCACCAUCACCAUCACCGGCGGUCCCUGGAGCAGCGCCCCACGGGAGUGGUCCCUUACCUGGGCACAUUCCUGAAGGACCUGGUGAUGCUGGAUGCGGCCACAAAGAACCGGCUGAAGAACGGCUACAUCAACUUUGAGAAGCACCGAAAGGAGUUUGAGAUCAUGACCCAGCUGCGCCUGCUGCAGGCCAACUGCCGCAACUACGCCUUGAGCCCGGACCCUUCUCUCCAGCGCUGGUUCCAGGGCCUGCCCAGCCUCAGCGAGACCCAAAGCUACCUGCUCUCCUGCGCCAUCGAGCCGCCGGUGGAAGGAGGGACCCCCGCCAAGGCCGGGAAGCCCACCGUGCUCAUCACCCACUGCACCGACCUCCUCACCUCCCUCAGCAUGAACACCCUCGUCCCCUGGGACCGGUCCUGCUCCUCGAACCCGCCUCCGGACCUGCUUCUGCCUCCUGCUUCGCCCGACCAGGGACAAACGCGCCUCAACCAGCACACCAAGUGGCCCUCCGUCUCCGCCUUGGACUCGGCCCCUGAAAGCACCACACCCACUUCCCUGGGGGGUCUGGCCCCUCCGCCGCCCCAAGGGGGGACCUUCGUCAAGGGCCACCGCCGCUCCGCGUCCUGUGGGUCGGCCUACCCUGCGGGACAGGCGCUGGGGGGCGCUUCCGCCUCCGAGUGCCGCAUCAUCCGUGUGAGCAUGGCCCUGCAGGACGGCACCCUCUACAAGAGCAUCCUGGUCACCAGCCAAGACAAGGCUCCUGUCGUCAUUGCCAAGGCGCUGGAGAAGCACAACCAGGACCGGGGCCUGGCCCCCCAGUACCAACUGGUGCAGCUCCUCCCGGGCGGAAGAGAGCUGGCCUUCCCUCCGACGGCCAACGUCUUCUACGCCAUGAACGGCGCCUGCCAGGACUUCAUGCUCCGGGCGAAGGGGGUGCACGAGAAGCCUCUCCCUGGGACUCCGGUGCUGCCGCCUCCCCCCCCUCCGCCGCCCCCCAAGAGCCCCACCCCCAGGCGCAUGGAAAUCAGCGCCACCUUCCCAAAGAUCAAGGCCACCGGGCGCAAGAUCGCCAGGGCCCUCUUCUGAUCCACCUUGGAAGGAAGGGCAGCCGGGAGCCGGGACCUGCUCCUAACGGGCCGAAGAGGGCUCUGCCAAGACCCCAAAUCGGGCAUCUGCUCUGGCCGAAGGAGAAGUCGACUGUGCCGACACCGGAUGAGUAUCGAGGAACCAGAUGCAUUUGGGGUUCAGAGCCAAAUUCCGUUUGCAGCGCCUGCUAUGCACUUCAGCAUUGCUACCGAGUUCAUCUCUGCUUUUGCAUGGCCCGUGCCUUAAUGGAGUGACUGUCUGGACUGUACUGGCCGAACGACGGUGCUGCCCGGGGACCCCGCUUCUUGCGGACAGGGAGUGCCAUCGCAGCUGUUUACGGAGGCGGCCGCCUUGCUCAGAAUCUUUGCGUGUUGGCAUUUCUUUUUGCAAAGCAAGAGCUGCCACCCUUUUGCCUUUGAAGCUAAUGCAAAACCAAAACUGGAUCGGAAGAGGAUGGGAGCCUUUUCUCAGGGAGUCUCAGCCAAAGUCCUUAUUAUGCCAAACUCGGCCUCAGCUUCUCUUUGCUCCUUGGUGCAAUUACACACUAUUUUUUUAAUUAAAAGAAAGACACUA